GGGAAAUCCAAAAUGGCGGACGAAGUAGAAGAAGAUUUGCAAAAUAAGACGUUUCGGUGUCAUUAACCCCCGAUAUUCGUCGUGUUUUAUUUACUUUGUGUCUACAAGAUGAAGACAAGAUUUACCACCGUUGAUCUUUGCGCGGUGAUCACAGAGCUAAGAGGAAGGUGAGAUUAUUAGCGACGAAAAUAUUUCGUUGUCGAAUGCUUCCUUUUCUGUUGCGAGUUUUCAGUUGAUGGCAUUUUAAAUUAUCAUCGCACUUGCCUUACUUAAAAUUAAUCUCUUUUUAUGACAGCCUCCUUGGCAUGAGGGUGGCCAAUGUAUAUGACAUCGAUAACAAGACCUAUCUGAUCAGACUUGGAAAGUAAGAUUAUCUAUUUUUUGUCCGUCAGUGCUGCCUUAGACCCUUAAAGUUAAGUUUAAUUGGACGCCAUUGUAACGUGAACUCGAGCUUCCUGAAAAAAAGUAAUUUUUCACGCGAGGCUGUAGUAACUACUCUGUCUAGUCGGCGGUUUUUUUUGGAUAGCCUAAGCAAGCUCGGUCACGAUAAAACGCAGACUGCAGACCGUGCAGACCCCUAGAAAGAAGCGUCAUUAGAUGACCUGUUCGUCUCGUCCUAGGAGAUCGUUUCAUUCUUUAUAUCAACCGAAAAACAAACAAAUAGCUUUUGGCAACAUAAUUUCUUUUUAGGAUCCCUGAAAAUGAUUUCGAAAUGAUGCUUUUGGAUGAUGUUUAAUCAGUACUCCAGAGUGGAGGGGAACAGGGGGGCAGGAACCCAGGAGAACUGGGGGCAGAAGAGGGCAGGAAGCAGGAGCAGAAAUAAAAAAGGCACUCGUUUGUUGUUUUUUACUGCUUAUCAUCCUUUAAUGUGGAUGUAGCGUGAAUGGCUUGUGUGUUUGUUAGUGAGAGAAUGGUAUAAGAACUAAUUCUAUCCCAGGCUUUCUUCACAAACAACAUAAUUUUGCUGCCCUGAUUGGUGCUCUCAGUGUGUGCUUAAUUCAGUUUGGCCAAAUCUUUGAAAAUGAUUGGCUGAUCUUAGGCUCAUACUAGAAAAACUACUAAUUUGUGGAAUGGGCCCAAAUUUGCUAUUCUUUUUUCUACCCACCUUCUAAAUAUGUAAACAGCUCAAAUUCCUGAAUUGUUGUAUUGGACACCAUGGUAGAGCUAAGCGUAUCUGGGAGGUUUUAUAGUCAUGGAAAAGCUCUUAAAGAAGACCAAAGAAGGAAGAUAAUACAGGGCAUCAUCAAGAAAAGGGGAGAGUUCUCCACAGGUUUCUUUGUAGGAAGUUUUUCAGUGAAAAAAUUUGGAAGGACACAUUUGAAAAAUGAUUUGUAAAAGUCAUGCUUGUAGACAUUCAUGUAGCAGGGAUAUGGAGUAAAAUAAAGAUGUGACCAUGGGUGAGGCCAUGGUGUGUAAAUUUGGCUCAUUUCACAAAUUAAUGGUUAUUUUAGCUAUCAGUUUGCUGAUUUUUGGUAUUAUUGACAAUGUUUUAAGGACUGAUGUUAAAGUCAUGUUACUGGUAGAAUCUGGUAACAGAAUAAAUACAACAGAAUUUGAGUGGCCCAAGAAUAUGAUGCCAUCUGGAUUUUCAAUGAAGGUAAGCCUAUGUUACACAGAUGUGUGACUUUGCAACUUUUAUUACCAUCUUUGAGAUGAGUUUUAUAUUUCAUUCAGAUUUUCAUGUGAUUUUAAUGUAAUUUUUUUUCCUUAGAGGUACUAUAGGGAGACCUGGGAUUCUGGUCAUUGAUCCUGCUAGAAUAUUGUUUUACCUCCAUUUACCAAUUUGCUGAACUGUUGUAACACAGUUGUUGUUCAUGUUUGUUUUUAAUUCAUGUUUGUAUCCAAUAUGUUUACUUGGCCUGGUGAUCUUGCACAUACCCAGAGGCACCAAUGGCCUAAAAUAUCUAUGUAUGUGUAAAAGAAAUUCAUUCUAGGAUUUUAACCUUAUUUUUAUCAAUUAUAACUGGUUUUUUUCCCAGUGUCGUAAACAUAUUCGUUCCCGGAGGCUUGUGAACAUCAGUCAAUUGGGAAUUGAUCGGAUUGUUGAUUUACAGUUUGGCUCAGAUGAGGCAGCUUAUCAUCUGAUUGUGGAACUUUAUGACAGGGUAAACCACAUCUUGUUUCAUUGAUGUCUGUUUUUUCCUUUUUGUUUUUUUUUUCUGAUGUAGAAUGAUUUGAAUUUUUUAAUGCAGGAUAAAUUUUACAAUGCAUUUGAUUUGUGUUCAUUUCAGGGCAAUAUUUUUCUCACUGAUUACGAAUACACAAUCCUGAGUCUUCUAAGAACAAGAACAGAUGCUGAUGAUGUCAAAUUUGCUGUGCGUGAAAAAUACCCAGUAAAUUCUGCCCGACAGAGGGAGCCAUUAAUGAACCAAGAAAGGUGUGCAACAUACUAUUUGUGUGUGGUUGCUGAUAAUCUUUUCUUAUUUGGAAGAAACUUUUCAUUGCUUCUUUCUUUUUCUUUUUUUAUACUCAAUGAUGUUUUUAAAAAAGAACAUCUGUUGCACUACAAUUUAUUGUUGUUUAAAUUUUUCAGGGUAUGUGAAAUUUUAUCAGAAAGCAAGGAAGGAGUAGAAGUAAAGAAGGUUUUAAAUCCACAUUUUGGUAAGAUUGUGUCAUCAGUUAAUUAGGAAAAUUUGAUUAUAAAUGCGUACUCUUGCACUACACCACUGCUGAGACUCUGGUAACUCUUGGAGAAAUAGAAAGCAGCUUUGUAAGAGGAGUGUUAAUUUAUAGGAACUCAAAUAACAAAAAUAAAUUUUCCCUCUCAAGAUCUGAACACCACUUCUAUGUGUGCUGUCUGCCAAACAUAUCUUUAACUGAUUGUUGAUCUGAAAACUUGUUGUAAGACAAAACAUCAUCUCUUAGUUGAUGAUAUUUCUUUCCUCUCAUUACUUCUUUCUUGAAGAUACAACCAUAGUACAGGGAGAUAUUUCUCACUGGUCACUCUUGGGUGUGAAAGGAAUCAGAUUAUGAAUGUGCAGUAACACAUCUGUGAUUUUGCUCUUUUUUCAUUGAUUUUAAGUCAAAUUGGGAUUUAAAGGGUUAACUUUGUGGCAAGAAUAAGAAAUAACAUUAAACUCAAUGGGUUCUCACAACUGGGGCUAUAAUUUCUUUCCCAAUUAAUCCUGAUGGAUGGUAUUUUACCCUAAAUUUUCAAGAUCUGAUUGUUAACUCUCCCUUCUAGCUGCUUGGCAUUUCCUUUUAAAUUAGCUAUGAGAAUUUGGUCUUAGAUUAAGAUAACAACCUCUACCUGAUAAGUUUGAGUAUUCUCAAAACCUAUUUGUUUGAUAAUGUAUUAAUAAUUUAGGGAGAAGUUACAUGUGAUCACCUCUAGGAGUAAAACAGUUAGGGUGUCAGCACUGAAAUUUAACUUCAAGAACUUACUUGUACACACGGGGCUGUAAACCUUACAAAUAAAUAUUAUUGAAGAUGAUAAGACACUUUCUUGAAAAGUUUGUCAUUUGAAUUAGCUUAAAGAUGGCUGAAGCCAGAUACAGGGCUCUGUUUUACAUGUGUUUCAUCAACAGCAUUUUUCUUAUUCCAACAGUGUAUGGUGCUGCUCUGAUAGAACAUUGCCUUAUGGAAGUAGGGUUCCCUGAAAAUGUCAAGAUUGGAAAAGGAUUUAAUGUAGCAGAAGGUUGGUAAAUUAAUUAUUAAUCGUUAAAUCAUUUGCUAAAAUUCAAAUAAAUGUUUCUAAAUUUAUUUAACAAUCAUUGCCAUCUCUUUCUGUUUGUUUAGAUCUUCCUGAAGUUAUGGAGGCAUUAAAGAAAGCUGAAAGUUUUUUGGAAAUGACACUCACAGAGAAAUGCAAUGUAAGUAUGCUUUCCUUAAUGGUUUUUUCUGGAGCUAGUAAAUUUUUGAAGCUUCAAAAGAGAGGGGUUUGUGAAAGAUUGGAGGAAGGGGCCUUGGAGAAAACACCAAAUUUUAAUAUGUCAUUUAGCUUUUGAAAUUUAACUCAGCUUUUCUGGAUACUGUAAACAGCAUGCAUUUCUUUGGUUGAAAAACAAACAGAUUCCUUCUUGGAUAAACACUGUUACAGUAUUAUUCAGACAAAGUUAUUUCCUUGGUGUACUAGGGAGUUAUUGUUCAAAAAAAGGAACAGAAACCAUCAAACAAUAAGAGCAAUGGCACAGAUCAGGAUGAACUGCUAACGUAAGUUGGUUAAGAAUUGAAUUUAGUUGGUACUGCUAGUUAACAUAUUUUCUCUCUAUUCUUUACUCUUCCCUAUCCAAGAGGAAGAUUUGAUUUCAAAGGAGAGGUUUAAAAAUGUAUUGAAGUGAGCAUCAGACUCUGCAAAAGUAGGUGACUGUAAAAAAUUCAUUAAGGGCAAAAAGGUAAUUAUUUUGACCAAGGUAACCAGUGAUAUUUUAUCAAGUAGCCGAUGGAACUCUAGUGGUUGCCGGUUUGUUUUGAAACCGCUGUGGAAUUCAUAGAUUGAUUACAUGACACUCGUCCUCUUUCAACAACAUAUAUUGUAUUUCAAACUGAUUUCAGGUUGAGAUUAAUUCAUUGUAGUGCAAUUUGUGUUUUCCUCUGUCUAAGGACUGUGAUAAUGUAUCUGGAGCAAAAGGAAAAAACAAUCAAACUAGGUUGACACAGUUUUACCUGAUGUUCAACUCUAAUGCUUGUGAUAUAAAGCAUAUAAAUUUAUAGUUUUAUUCAAAACAAAUCACUAAAGCUAACAUUUAAAUGAGGGAAAUAAAUGUGUACAUUCUCUGACAUGCUUGUCAUUUUUUCUACCUUUUGAAGAUAUCAAGAAUUUUACCCAUUCUUACUGAAUCAACACAAGAAAAGUCCAUAUCUGGAGUUUCCAUCAUUUGACAAGGUAAUCAGCAACCCAUUAAUGCUUUUAUAAAACACAUUGUGCCACUUUUACUGCCUCAUUUUUUUCUUUUUCAAACAUGCUGAUUUGAAGUAUUUCAAAUGCACACCCAUUUACUAUUUCUUAGCAUUAGAAAUUGAAGAGUGCCUUAAGAGCAUGUUGAGAUGUGUUUGUGUGGAUAACUCAACUAUUUAAUUUAACUUUGCUAAAAAAAAAUUAGUACAUCUAGAAACUUCCCAGCCAGUAAAAAACAGCUUACUCUUGGGCUAUAAACGUGUUUUUGUUGAUAACUCAGCCAUUUUGUUUAACUUGAUUAGUUAGUAUAUCUAGAAGCUCCCAGACAGUAAAAAAUGAGCUUACUCUUGGGUAUAAAUGCGUGUUUGGUUUAACACAUUAUUGUAUAACUUGCAUAGUGAUUCAUUAUUAUUUUUAAGAUUUAGUGCUCAUCUUAGGCAUUUUUUCUUAUUUUUAUUAUUAAUCUGUAUCAGAUAAAGAGCUUUUUGUGUGUAGAUACUAUCAUGAUAAACAAUAAUGAUGAUAUUAAUUGUAAAAAUAAAUAAUUCUUCCACGACUACCAUUAACAAUACUUAUUAUUAUUAGUUAUCAUCAUAUUUAUUUUAAAUGUUGAACCAGUUUACAUUAAUAGCAUCUCUUAAGAAACCAUUUCUUUGAUGAGUUAUUUUUAUUGCAUUUUUACAUAACUAUCUAAUCAUGAAAUUAUCACCCAAAAAUAAUUAUAAUCUUGAAUCUUUAGGCAGUGGAUGAGUUCUUCUCAAAAAUUGAAAGCCAGAAAAUUGACAUGAAGGCUCUGUCUCAGGAAAAGACGGCACUGAAGAAGUUAGAAAACAUCCGAAAAGAUCACCAAAGAAGAAUUGACUCGUUGCAAAAGUCUCAGGUAAAGCGGUGUAUUUACUUUAAAAGCAACUUACGAUUGAGCUUUGACACCCACAACAAACAGUUACGAUGGCCAAUCAGAAUAAGGGAAAAUAUCAUUGUGAACCAAUGAGAACUCAAGGUAAAAUCGACUGAUCAGAACUACUUGAAAAGGCGGGAAAAUCCGAGUGGACAAGUGACGAUGGGAUUUAAUUUGGCAUCUGAUUGGUUGACAGGAUGGUUCAAGAUUCCUGGAGUAAUCACAAAACAGAUGAAAGCAAAACCAAUGCAAUCGAGAUUAUUUUCGACAAGCAAUUGAAACUUGCGUAAUGAUUACUGCGUUAUUAGCUUAAAAAGGAAAGUUAAUAUUUCCGUCUCUCUACGUCACACAAAAAUUUUCAAUUUUAAUGUGGAAGUUGGGACUUUUUUUUCAAAAUUCUUAAAUACAGUACGCACUUUGGUCGAUCAAAUCUGGUCUAUUGUUUACGGUGCCGGGUGAUUUCUAGUUGUUUUAAAGUUGAUAAUCUUAUUUCCACGAAAAGUUAGAGUUGUAGAAAAGAUAAUUGCCUCCGCUUUUAAGUUUUUAUGAGUUCCUUCCCCUCCGCUCCUCUCCUUAAUGAGCCCUCCAGUUUAGAAGCCCUGGAGAUUUCUAAGCCCCAGGGGGUUUUUACAUCCAAUGCGGUACUUAACAUAACUUUGUGCUUCAAAUGCAUUUAGAAUCUAGAUUUGUUGAAAGCUGAACUUGUGGAGUUAAGCUAAUCGCCCCUCUUACUAGCCUUAAAAUAAGUUGAUACUUCCUCAUCGACUUAACGUCAAACAAAAUAUGCAAAUCUAUCGUGAAAACUACGAUUUUUUAAUAUCACUAAAUGCAGCGUGCGUUUUUUGUCGAUCAAAACUGAUUCAUCGUUUACUGUUCUGAGAGAUGUAUAGUUAUUUUAUAGGCGAGAAUCUUAUUGCCAUGAAGUUUUCUUGUGAUAUCCAAAAGCCUUCGAUAGCAUUCGUUCUAGAUAGUUCCAGGUGUUUUACAACCAAAGAGAAUACUGUAAUCGGUAUUUAUCAAAACGUAGAUCCGAAAAGACAAUCACGCUCACUUUGAAUUUUUGAGCCCUCUCUCUUUUUGAUGAGCCCCCUGCUUGGAAGCUUUGAAAAUGAAUAAGCCUCCAACCCCGCAGGGCUUUUAGCCGCUAUUUUGGUACUUAAUGCAACAUUGUUCUUCAAACACAUUUAGGAUGUAGACAUGUUGAGAGCAGAGCUUGUGGAGUUAAACCUACCAUUGGUAAGUUGGAAGUCUUUCAAUGGCCUUUGUCAAAUUGUUUUGCCUUUCAAUGGCCUUUAUCAAAUUGUUUUGCCUUUCAAUGGCCUUUAUCAAAUUGUUUUAAAGGAUAUCCUUCAACAUUUUUCCCCACCAGGGUGAGUAAUUUUCUCGUUUUUAUCGCAAUCAAACGACUGAUUGAAUGGGCAACUCGAGGAGCCCUUCAAUAACAUUUACUCUGUAGUCUUACAACCAAUCAAAUUGAAGCAGUUAACAUUUUUUUUACAAACCUACGUUGCAUUUUAUGAACGGUAUGUAAUGACCGCCUUCAAGUAUUUUUUAAUGUUCACAUACAUUUUGAAAUUACUAAAGAGAUGCAGCGUCGAUGUUAUAAUUUUUAUAAGGAAGAUCUUCUUAGAUCUUCUCUGUUAUCGUGGAGAUAAGAUGCCAAAUUCCAAUCAUUUUCUCCGCCCUCUCUAAUUUAUCUCUACAAUUCUGUUCAAUCCACUUUUGAGAUGGACAGCUCAAAGAGAGAGAGAGCUAUUAAAAGCUCACCUGAAAACUUAAUGGAAAAAGUUGUUCUGUUUUAACAAAUUUGUCUUGCAUCCAAAUAAUGAAUAGUAUUUUUUUGCUGAAUAUAACGAUGGCAAAUAAAUACGAUAGAGAAUUUUUUUCGACAAAAAGGGCCGAAAACAAGAAUUGCGUGCAAUUUAAAUCCGGCCUCCCGCUGAACACCCAGCAGGUGGCUUUAAUUUACACAUAAGCUCAUCAGCUCUUAACAGGAAGUGGCCACAAUAACGCUUUUAAACAAAGGCUCUGCGUCGUAGACAUCAGACUCGUCCAUUCUAUGCGGAGACAGGCGCCAAACCAAAACGCUCAACACAACAGCAAGGCUACCACUCUUCUCCUAGACUUUAGCUUGAAAAAUGGAAGAAGGCUCAGAUCCCAUGUAUCCAGCGUACAUGAGUAAUUCGGUUAUGAAUGGCUGUUUAUCCUAUACGGCCAUAGUGCUUAACAUUUUAACAAUCAAUGCACUCAGGAAAACUUCAUCUUUGCCAAAGACUCUGAAAACAUUACUGUUAAGUCUUGCUGUGUCUGAUCUUGGAGUUGGAUUAAUGGUACAGCCUCUCUAUACUGCGUUUCUGGUUGAAGGUUUGCAACAAAAGCGAACAAAUUGGAUACUGGCCUUGUGCACAUUUUCUGCUGGUUUAUUUGCAAUCUCGUCGUUUCUUGGUGUCACGGCUCUGAGUGUAGACAGAUUUUUAGCUGUUCAUCUUCAUCUCAGAUAUCAGGAACUAGUAACUCACAAGCGUGUUGUGGUCGGGGUAAUAAUAUUGUGGCUGUUUGGUGCAUUGAUUGCUUUGUUAUCUUUCUGGAAUACAAUAGUGUUGUUAAUCCUUCUGACGUGUAUUUCCAGUCUGUGUGUCAUCUUUUGCACAACUGUGUAUUGUAAGAUUUAUUUCACUGUACGGCGCCUUGCAAGCCGACUGCAGCAUCGUCCACAGAGGGGACAAGAAGUACCCCAAGGCAAUAAAAUAGCGGUGAAUGCUGACAAGCUCAGAAAAUUUGCUCUCAGUACAUUUUACGUGUUUCUGGUCCUUUUAAUCUGUUAUUUGCCACAUAACUGCAUGUUGGUGGCGCGUAUCCUGAUCCCUCAACAAAAUACGUCGAUGCGCACAUUUGAUUUAUUUUCUGUAACACUGGUGUACCUUAAUUCGACCUUAAAUCCUGUCGUCUACUCUUGGAAGAUAAGACAUAUUCGUCUCGCUAUUAUGAACUCACUGCGAAAACUUGUUUUUCAUCACAACUGAAUUGAUAGUGAACCUGUAAGGUUUUUGUUUAGAAACGCACGAUCUCCACCCAAUAUUGAAAAAAAAAAAAAAAAAAAAAAAAAAAACUGAAGGACAAAGUACUUUCUAAAUUAACAUAGAUUUGAUAAUGUUAGGGUGGAAAACUAGAAAAGACUAUCUUAAAGUGAACAAAAAACGGAAGUUUGAUAAAAUAAUAUUUUGAAGAUGAAAGAUGUAGAUAGCAUCUGUCGUUAGGUAACCUUAUAGAAUUAGAACGAUGUACGUUUUCGUUAAAAAGUAAUGUAUUACAUUUGUAACUUGUUUUCCGAGAAAGAUUAAAAAAAAAAGCCAUACGUGAUGUAAAAAAUAAAAUAAUGGAGUAACAAGAGCUUUUUUUCGUAAUGUUUUUAAGGAAAAAAAAGUAAUCGCUUGUAGAAAAAUAAUUAAAGCCAGCAAUAAUCGGAGACGUAAUAAAAGAACACCUUGUAGAUUGAAAAAUGAUUUCUUUCGGUGUUGGAUACCAUCAAUGACCACAACAUAAUGGACCUAAUGAAAUAUAUUACAUGUCGUGUAAAACCUUUUUGAUUCGUAGUACAAUUGCAUUCCUUUGUGGCAACGUUACUUAUAUGAAACUGGUUGGUAUGCGAAAAAAAAAAACUUUGCGUGGCUCUCUCGAUUCGAGAUUUAAAUCUGAUUUAAAUUGGUCCUGAAAUUGAGCUUCGCGUCCCCGUUUUUCCUAUGAAUUUUCGAUGACAACGAAAACAAAAUCUCAGACAGAGUGGAAUACUGUCAAAUUUCUCGUCUAGCCGAACAACCCUCAGACAAGACACAUUUCGUCUCUGUUAUUUGAUUGGUUGGUGGAAUUAAUGGAAGAAUUAAUAUGAUCGGUGUUACAUGCUCAACUUAACAUACAAUUACGUUGUAUACCUCUUGUGUCGGCAAAGGGUCUUUCUUAUCAUUAAGGAAAAAAGUAUGAAGAAAAUACACUAAAAAACAUUUAAAGAGAGUCAUUAGAGAGUUGUUCCAUUUUAAUCAGUUUUGACUUUUGAGGCAUAAGCAGAACGUUAAAGGCAUGCUUCAUUGAAUCCCUGGCCUUUGUGUUGCCGCCGAUAUGAACGUAAAUUUUACUUUAUGCCCAAAAGAUAGGGUAUCAAAUUUCAUGAGGCGUCUCUAAUGAACUUGUUGGUGAAAUCUAUGUCGGCGUUUUGUUAAUGGCAACAAUGCUUAUAACUGAAAAAAAAAUGAAAACGAUUCCCUGUGAUUUUCCAAUUACAUUUUCAUAUGGGAAAGGGAAAUUGGGAGAGACGGAAGCAGUUCUGACAUUUUCUUUUGCAAGAAAUAAAUUAUCCUUUAGGGAGUGGAAAGAUCGCCGAUCUGUACGAUUUCUUGUGACAUGGCUCUGAUUUAGGGCCCAGAACUUAUAUCUAAACAAACAGGACUGUCAAGGAAGUAAAAAAAUUGUUCGAUAAUGUAAGAUCUAAACAAAGGAGAUGUUUCGUUUUGUGCAGUUUAUACAAGGCCUUAUGGAACGGGCCCUUCUAAAACUUGACCGUUUCCUAAUUUUAAAGCAAUAACGCGAGCACAAGGGCGAUUUGUUAAUUUUACGCGUUUUGAAGUACUCAGCCUUCACCCAACAAGUGAUAAUCAAUUAUCGGUAGGCACUUGCGGAAUGAGUUAAGCGCCACUUAACUUUUUCCGUCGACACAAUCUUUCACUACAAUGUCAAUACUUAUUUCUUUGACGCACUAACUAACUGGCUAACUAAACUCAUUUUUUGUCUCAGCUCUACGGAUCCUCUGGUCGUGCUUAAAAUAACUUUUUCCGUUUCUGGCUUUUUCUGUUAGUCCGGCGAUACGUUAAAUUGUAGUGUAAAUUUUUUGAAAUGAAAAACCGUGGGCGUGACGGCAAUCUAUUCAUUUCACAUUAACCAAUUCCAUACCUUUUACCUUUUAUCGUGCACAGACGCCGUCGCUUCCUUAGCAAUGAGAUGUGAACAGCUUGCAUUUGCGGAAAACCCUCAAUAACUCUUUACUUUUUCGGGUACCCAAGUUUACUUUAUUUUUUUCCACUGGAUGUGAUGCACGUUAGACCUAUUAGCUUCCCGGCUGGCUUCAAGAAAACGCGACAUUUUAAAUGCUUCUCUUAAAUCAUAUUGGCCAGUAACUAUGUACGCAAAAAAAGAGGGAGAGUUUGGCACCGAAAUUUAUGUUGUUAUUUACUGGGCGGGAAGUCGGACGGCAUGAAAAUAAUGGCUGAGGUCUUGAGGAAAAAUUGCGGACCGUGGUCCGUAGUGGAAAAAGCUGAACCGGCUACGAGCGCGCGAUUAGUCAAUCUUGUUUAACACAAGAGUGCCGUUUUGAAUGCGAUUAUGCAGUCAUAAAGCCCUAAAGGGGUCACCCCAAAAAAAUUUGUGACUUCGCUCUGUGGACGAUAAAGUGAACGUGACCCUUUACACUCUUACAUCAGUAUGUUCAGUAUGUGUUUUCUUGCCAAUGUUCUGUAUUCGUUUACCCUUAUACGUACAAGGAGAAUUUGUUUAAUAAUCAUGAGCCUAUUUAGUCGGAGAUUGUUUUUUUUUUUUCUCUCAUGACCUGAAUAUUUGAUUUAGUAGCGAAAUUAGAUGGUACUCACUCUUAGCGGUGAAAGGGUUAGUAAAUAAAUAAAAUAGGGUGAAUCGGCUGCUACAUGCAAUCCAAUUCGGAACGAAAAGUUCUGUUGUGUUGUUUCACCAAGAACUCACUCCCUCCUCUUAAAACAAGAAACAAUAUCAUUGGCACGCUCGACAUGCCUAUGUUUUAGUCCAGACUUGCGGAACUGUGUAAAAAGCAGAGAGGAGGGAGGGGUGGGGGAGGUGGGGAUGCUGCAUGCAUUAAGUUUCCUUGAAAUAUCGAUUUUGAAGAUUGUUUUACUUUGCGAAGAAAUUAUUUGUCACCAGAAAAAAAAGAAGUUUUGGUUUAGAAUAUAAUACUGAAAUGUCAAUUCGUCUUUUAUUUUCGUAUAUCAUAAUGGAGCGGUAGCAGCCAAUUGUCGAAACAGGUUUUCUUUUACGCGUGAUUAAAAUGCUUUGUUCGAAAAGGAGGUGUUUUUCAUUCUUAUGGAAAACGGACCUUUGUAAACUUGGAAUCGUCAAUUAUUUCUGAAGAAACAUCUGGUAUUCUAAUGAAGUUUGAACUAAUUUUUCUGUGGACUUAAUUUUAUGAAUAUUUCGUGUUUUCGUGGCCUCAGCGUAAAUUUCUAUGCUAAUUAAUUCCCAUUUCCUUUUUUAAUUUUUUCUUUUCUCAGGAUAACGUUAUUGCACUUAGUUGUAUGUGAAUUGAUCAACAUGUGGAAAAAUUAGACCAGUCUCUGAACAGUAUUUUUAGGAAAUACACUCGAUAAGUAUGCGAUAAUUGUGUUGGACUAUGGAGCGACAAAUAAACUCGAUCGGGCCCGUCACUGCGGGUCAGUAAUGACGAUAUAGUGAAAUGCAUGUGGACAUUUCUAUCUAGGUAAACCGACAGAUGUCACCAUUCUGAACUAGUUAAUUAAUCAGUCCCGAACAGAACUCGGAAAGGCAAUAUAAAUAAGUUAAACGUCUCUCACAAGAUCAAAGUAUGUAAUAAUACGGAGAAGGAUGUCAGCGAACCUUAAAUUUUUUUUUUUUUAAACGAACCUUAAUUAAUUUUUUUUUUGAAAGCUGCGUUCCCUAUCCUAAGUUGCAUUGUUGCAAGUGAAAAAGUUAUUUGCUAUUUAUCGAACAUUGCUAAUCCUAUUUUAAGCGCCUUUUUCUGGGCACAUUCGUGAUAUUCCAAUCCUGGUAUGAAGUGUGCAGCUUUGAAACACUGAAAACGAGACGAAAAAACCGUUAGAAACAACUCAAGGCGGUAGCCUUCUGUGCUUUCGAUGUCUUCUAAAAAUAAUACAGGACAGGUGGCAGGAACCUGCCCCUAGCUUAUUCAUAAGUCAUCGACAAGAGCUUUUAAUAAAGCAUUUCAGCAGGCCUAACUUUUCAAAUGAGAUUGACUCAUUCUCCGCAUACAAGCUCAUCUCAACGAGUCAGGUACUUAUCCAACAAGAUCAUGGUUCAGGCUCAAGACUCCAUCCAUUGUAUUAUUAAUGUUGUCUUUAACUCGUUCUCUUCUUACACAUCCAUAAUGUUAAACGUUUUGGCAAUUAUUGGCAUGGGGAAGUCGUCGGCAUCGCCAAAGAUUUUAAAAACGUUGCUGAUAAGUCUUGCUGUUUCUGAUCUCUGCGUUGGUUUAUGUGCACAACCUAUUUAUGUCGCACGACUGGUUAUUUGCCACUAUGAAGGACGUGCCUUGGAAAAAGUGAAUGUUCUUGAGAUUGUCGAUCUCUUCUUGCCUCGUGCCUUUUGGUUUGCAUCGUUUCUGAGUGUUACAGCUCUGGGUGCCGAAAGAUUUCUGGCCAUUCACCUUCAUCUUAGAUAUCAGGAACUUGUGACACACAAACGUGUUGUUGCUUUGGCUGUUGUAGUAUGGGUGGUUAGUGCAUCGCUUUCAUUAAUCAUGUCUCUCUCGUCGCAAAUUGGUGAUCCAAUCUUGGUCGUAAUUUUUGGUUUUUGUUUUAUUUGUACUUCCAUUUUUUAUUGUAAAAUUUAUUCCACUGCGCAGCGACACACAAACCGAAUUCAAGCCCUUCAUGUCCACAAUAGUGAAAUGGCAGUGUACAUUGCGAGGAUAAAGAAGUCGGGGUUGUGCACAUGCUAUGUGUAUGUCGUGUUUUUGUUGUGUUACUUGCCUCAUUACUGUACACGUGGUGUGGGUUUAGUUAUCCGUGAACUAAAUACCACGUAUUAUAAUUUUUUUCAUUAUACUCUCACCCUGGUAUAUGUUAAUUCAUCGUUAAACCCUGUUUUUUACUGCUUGUUGAUGAGAGAUAUUCGACAAUCUAUACUUUCCAUACUGCGAAAUAUGUAUGCUCGUCAAAACCGAACUGAUAGAGCUGUUACUGAGAUGACUGUAAACCAUGAAACGGCAUUCUGAAACAAUUAGAUUGGUCCAUUUUUUUAUUAGAAGCAAAAGUUAUACAACUGAGAAUUUGAAGAAACUUUGAACUUUUUUUCGUUUUCCAUGGUUUCUGUAUAAGUAUUACUGCAACACUAUAUCCUAAGAGACUCUUUAAGGGUCACGGAAUGGAAAGAUUAACGUUCUGCAAACGUUUUUCAAGGAAGAUGCUGACCCAGGGAUGGGAAGGGUAUUCUACCAAACUCAACUCUUCAAAGAAGAAUGAACUAUUACAUUGUUUGUUGUUGUCAUUGCAAUUAUACUGUUAUCUCUAAAAGCAUUAGAGGUCUUCGCGGGAUGUACAUUAUGUUUAAUACUCAGAAUAAUAAAUGCAUUCAUAAAGCUUGAAUCUAACUGUGUGAAAUGUUCAUGCAAAAAGUUGGGCGAUAGAGCAUUCCAUGUAUUUCUCUUUUGUCGUUAAUAGCGUUCGUCUCCGCAGAGGUGAGAUGUAGGAAGCCUUCAUCUUCGGAAAACGUAAACCAUAUUUGUGUCUAGUGCAAAUUAGUAAAUUACAUAAUUUCUGUUAUAAUUUCUGUGAAGUUUACCGUAGGUGACAGGCUACAUGAACUAAGCGAUCAUCGCGGAACACAAAUAUGACAUGCUUAACCGGUGACGUGGCGUAAAAACAUCGAUAUAUUGUUUUAAGAUCUGUCGUCAUCAGUCGGCAAUCCCUAUUUGAGCGAGACUUCCUGAGUAAACAGAGACUUGCCUGGGGGUUCGAUGUUGCGUUUUAUUGGUCGGCGGCAUAAUAGCAUUGAUAUGCAUGCUUAAUGAGUUGCGAAAACUGUGAAAUUCUCUGGAGGGCAAUAUCUCGAGGUUUGUUCUAACGGGAGUAACCUCUACUUAAACGGAAUACUCGGGUAUGAAGAUCUGUGGGAUUGUCAUAAAAAUUGGCCUGAAUGUUCUCCAGAUACGAACGCACAGAUGUGCGAGGCUUGAACCAAAUUCGAACUAUUUCUCUCGUGACGUUCCGGAGCGUGACAACAACCGAAAUAUUUUUCUAUGGUCCAACUUCAAAAUAUAUUUCUCAGGAACCAAUGAGAAUAUUGAAAAGCACUACAGACUUGUUAGCUUAUUAUGGUUUAUUAUCUGCAGAAUGAUACUGUCCAGUUUGUUGGGGGGGUCGACGGUAAAGCGGAGGCUGGUAAUUCAGUAAAGCAAACACCGUUAGUUUUGUGUUUAAAUGCUCGCGCGCGCCUUUAAAAAAUCUGUGGAAAAAGUUGUCAGAAUCUAUACUUUAUAGGAUUUACAGUGAUAUAAAGUUUUCCAUGGUUUCUUUUGAAAUUGCUCGCGUGGGACGAUUUUCCCGGAGGUUACCCUAUUUUGUUGACAGUCCUAGUUAUAAAAGUAAAGAUAGUAAUGCUAGUAAUACUUUAAGGGCUAACGCUCGAAACGUCAGCUUUAAAACUCUUUACGGUGGCCAAUUUACCAACUCAGUUGAUAAUACUAAAUUACCUUGUUAUUCUCUCCCACCGACGCAGCACCACAGUUUCUUUAGAAACCUACCCCCUUUAUACUUUACAUUGCUUAUUAUGAUAAAGAAACAUUUGCUCCGAAAGUGAGUUAAAGAAGAUUAUUAAUAUGCUAACUCUCUCGAUUAUCCUACGCAUUCUUAAUGUUCUGUUAACAGUUUAAAGCAAAGUCCUUGCAAUAAGGAAACUUCAUGCUAAGGCAGCGAAAACUCCAAAAACAUUGCCCCUGAGUUUUGGUGUAUCCCAUUCUUUAGACUGACAAAAGUGAAUUUCCUAUCCCUCUGCUGAGAAAUGCGAAUCAGAUGGCACAUUCGAAUCGCAAGUUUGUCAGCGACGAGGGAUUUUGUAAAACAUCUAAGGCCUUAGAGCUUAUACACCAUUCCAGCAAAACUUUCACUUAAUUAUUCCUAUAUUUUGUUCUCCACACUUCGAUGUUAUUUCUCACACCUUCGUUUUCUUUAUAUAUCAUCGGUAAUCUUUUCUUAUUUGCAUUUGAUAAUGGUGACAUGCUUUCGCCGAAACGUCAUGUUUUAACAGCGUUGCUUUUUAUCUUUCAAAGUUUGUUAUUCUUGCAAAAGAAACUCUUUACGGUGGCCAAUUACAUUGUCAACUAAGUUGAUAAGAAAAAAUUGUCAUGAAAUACCCCUAACCGACGCAGCACCACAGUUUCUUCAGAAUUUUACGCCUUUUAUUGAUUUUGGCAAAUUCAAUUUCCAGCGAUCAACUAGGUGGACAGCAAGAACUAAUUGUGUAUCUGAAUCGAUAAAAAAACAGCGCUGAACUUUAAAUUCAGGUCGGGGCUAGAGAGAGAAAGCAAAAUUUGUUCGAUUUACAAUUUACUAAGGUCGCCGUUUCUCUUCGAUUUUCACCAAGACUGACAGGUGGUUGAACUUUACAUAUAUUACUUCAUUAAGUCCUUUACAAGAACUUGAAUAAGCAUUGAAAUAGUCCGAGCUUAACAAAAAAUUUCCAUUUAUGUUAAACACCAUUAGCUGUCGUACAAGUUCACUUCAACGAGUUGAAAAAAAAAGAGUCGCAAUGUCAAAAUGGAAGAGGCUGAAAAUCUGUACUUUUCGUCGUGCAUCAUAAAUUCUGUAUUGAAUUCUGUCUCUUCAUUCACAGCUAUAUUGUUGAACGUUUUAACAAUCCAUGCGAUGAGAAAGACGACCGAGUUGCCAAAUACAUUGAAAACAUUGCUGUUGAGUCUGGCUGUUUCUGAUCUUUGUGUUGGUUUGCUGGUGCAGCCCUUGUUUGUCGUGGAGUUGGUCAACUGCAAUACUGAAGAAGACUUUCACAAGCCGAAUGCUCUUACUCUCAUCUUCUCGUCUUUGUGCAAUAUCUUUUCUUACGCGUCGUUUUUGGGUGUUACGGCUCUGAGUAUAGACAGAUACCUUGCCGUUCACCUUCAUCUCAGAUAUCAGGAACUUGUGACUCCCCAGCGGGUUUUUGCUGUGGUUAUAAUAGUAUGGAUUCUUAGUGCAUUGCUGUCAUUUGCGGAGUUUCUCCCUCUCCAAAUUGCCGAAACUAUUACAGUCGCUGUUGUUUUAGGUUGUUGUUUUAUUUGCACAACACUUGUGUAUUGUAAAAUUUAUGCUACCGUACGGCGCCACACGAACCAAAUUCUAGAUCUUCAACUGCGACAACUAGAACAAGGAGGUGAAAUGGCAGUAAACGCUGCAAAGCAGAGGAAGUCGGCGAUUAGUGCAUUUUAUGUAUACCUCGUGUUUUUGUUUUGUUAUUUGCCCUGUUAUUGUGUGUUCAUUGUCGGUUCAUUUAUCCCCGAACCCAAAAUUACGUUUGUGGAUUUUGAAUUGUAUGCUUCAACUCUGCUAUUUCUUAAUUCAUCGGUCAACCCAGUUAUUUAUUGCUGGAAAAUGAGACACAUUCGACGAUCUAUCAUUUGCAUACUACGAAAUAUCUUCUGUGUCACCACUGAGUAAAACAUCGGUUGAGGUUAAUUCGUUCUCUCUUUUGUUUUAGAAGAAGCUGUAAAAGGUAAAAAGUAAUUAUCGGCAGACUUUGUCUAGCCAGGCCCUUGUUUCUGCGUAAUUGAAAAGCGAUCUUUUCACUGAAUUUUUAUGAAAUUAAAUUGAUUUAAGGUAAAUCUAUUAGAACUUGGUUCUGAGUGAAUAUUAUGAAAAUUAAAUUAAUUGAAGUUAUAACAAUUGGAACUUUCCCUUUUUAUUGAGCAAAUUGACCAACAAUUAUACAUUCUGGGCGCAAACUUUUGUAUCCAUGGAAAACAGCGAUAAUGUUAGGUUUUCACAUUUUGUCGUCAGACAGGUCAGGCCAAGUGAGUCGGUCAGUCGAGUAAAACAAAUAAAAAACAGAAGAAUAAUAAUGAUCGACGGAGUGCGAGUUGAGAUAGAGCUUGGAUAUGUGCGUUUCUUUGUUAUCUGUUUACAGAAUGGAAAAUUUGGCAUGAACUCUUCCCAUUAAAAUCAUCUGCUUUUAAUUUUUUAGUUGUUAUGGAUACCUUACAGGGGAAUAGUGCUUUUCACGCGCGCCGAUUGGUUGGUUCAGAAGUGGUUACCAAGUGCUAUUCACCUCCAAGCAUACAUACAUCCAUACAUUCAUACAUACUCGAAUAUUAAAUAUCAAGUUACAAAGAAAAAAGAAAAAAUGUAGAUUAUAAAAACAGCUUACAUUUCGAUAAUAAAAUAGCAUCUUAUGAUCUAUGAAUUAACAUAUUUAUAAAAAUUUUCUUUCUAAAAAGGUUAAAGCUUUUUGUGGUUAUGAUCUACUUUGGUAAAGAGUUAAAUAUUUUCACCCCAAGGUAGGCAAAAGCCCUUUGGCCGGUCGAGAUCUUGCAUUACUUGACUGGUAAUUUUUGUUGUUAAUGUUACGCAACUGGAAUAGGAAUUUUACAUAUCCAGAUGUAACGAGUGUUUUGGAAAAACAAAAUUGCCUUCUAGUUUUUUCGAUUUUUUGUCGGGUAUAUGUGUACGUAUAUGAUGAUAGAAUGCCAUGAAUAAGUUCAAAUAACCUUUACGAAGUGGCAAGAUCAACUUUCCGUACGAUUUAAACCAGAAAGGGAAUCGGGUUCUUAGCUUGUGACUGAUAUCCACCAAAGUAGACCGUAAUCUUUACUUUAGAGAGCGAGUUAGCUGUGCUCCAGGAAGGCAGGUUAUACUUUAGAUUGCAAUCUCGCUUGCUUGAGAAUUUAUUUUGAAUUGAAUUUGAUCUGUUUACCACAGUAUGGUAGUCGAGGUAAAGAAAUUCUCAAAAUUCUCGUUGUUGACUUUAACUACGUGUGCUGGCGGUAUUCAAAAAGAAAACAGGAUAUUGAUCACGCUGAGAUGAAAUUGUACUCGUCGCCAAAGUUGCGGAAGGAACAUUUAGAGGCGUUAUGUCUUUAAAUUAAAUGGCGGGAACUAUAUGUGGCUUAGAGGGAAAAUUAUUACGAUUGGGAGAGGAAAUAUCACGGAGGUUUGUCGGCAUCAAUGCAAAUUCAGCUUUUUUUUUUUUUAAUUUUUUUCGAAGCCGAAGUCGAAAUAUUUCUUAAGUGCAACCUCUAUCUUACUGAUGAAAACAAAUAUUUAGCAGUGCUGAUGAUAAAAAAAUUUUACUCGGAUAUAAGCUCAAAUUCUCUGAUCACUUGAGUGAUAUGUUGAAUAUUGCGUUGGCAUUCAAGUUUCAUGUUCUAACAAACCGUUAACCACAAGACGCCAGCUAUUCCAUUGUUUUUCGCAGUUUGUUGCCUUCAUCAACAAUAAGCAUUCAAUAAUCGUGGGGUGUCAUUUGAGCCAAAGUUAAUUAUCUUUGCAUAAGUUCCAACUGACAUUUGAACGACACGGAGAUAUUGAAUAAUCAACGUAUGUUGGGUUUUUCCAUUUCCACUUAAAAACAAUUGAGUUUUGAGAAUUCACAAUGGAAUACAUUUAUUUGUAUUUUAUGAGAAAGGCUGCACUGGCCAAAAUUCUGAAUAUCUUUUUUUGGGAAUACCGUGUUUGUCUUUACAUUUUUAAAAAGCGUUUUUAUCAUGGAGAGUAUAAUCUAUGAUAAUGUCUUUUGUUCAUGUCAUAUUUCUACCUUGGAGUAGUCUUUGCAGGCAAUCGUCAGCGAGCCAGUACCUUUAUUUUCACAAAUAGCGAAGAAAUUCCAAAAUUUCUCAGAGAAAAGAUCUAAGUUUUGUGCCUUUCUGUUUUGUUUAGUGUUUUGAUAUCCAGUUUAUCCAAGCCAGGCCAGUUCUCUCUCCUUCGGCUUACGAGGAACCAACUGCUUACAGGGUCAACCGGAAUUGAAGCUUAAUUUUGACAUUCACAGUAUUUCCUUCCAGUUCCACCCCUUUAGUUACUUUCUCAAAGAAACUUCAUGUAUCAAUUUUACAUCUAAGUUUCUGGAACUCGGUUUGUGAGUUACUAUUUUGCUGGGCAGACUCAAUCUAGAAAAUAACAUAAACAGAUUUGGAGUUAGAUUUUCUCUUUAAAAAUGUGAAAAAUGAUAUUCGUUUCAUAAUUCUCUUUCUUCUUUUUUUGUUGAAAUUAUUUGCUAAAUUUAUUUUCCCCCAAAAGGCUUUAAUCUUAAAUUAUUCAAUAACAUUUGUCAUUGAUCAGGAGUGAUGCGUUUGCCAAACUCUUAGGUCAAGAUUAAUUAAGACUUGAUUUCCGGUGAGUUCCGGUGCGUAUUAUCGUAAAAAAUGAGCGUCUUUCUUGUCACUUUCGCCCAAUGACAAAAAUAUUAACGUCAGGAUCCCAUUUUUUUUGUAUGUGUUUGUGGGGAAACGUGGGGGCGGGAUUACACUUCACCAAAUGAAAUAUUUGCAAGGUGUGGAUGAUCUAUGCCUUUUGAUGACGUUUCAUUCUCAUUUUUUAUUGGAUCACUGACGUACUUUUCAAGGAGGACAGCACUUGUGAGUUACACUGGCGUCAUCAAAAGGAAAUGAAAAAGACCGUUAACCAACCAAAUAAUGACACGGAAUAAAAAACUAAAUCAGUUUUGUUCCGAAUUUGAGAGUGAAGGUUUUUUUUUUUUUAUUUUUAAUUUUUUUUAAUAGUUGCCGACCUGCAAAUCAAUGGUAACUGCAUCAAAAGCUAAUUUCGAUAAUAAGUAAAAGAAGAAAUUACGUUUUUUAGCUACUAUGUGUCAGGUGACAGUAUUUUACACACUACAUUCAUUAGCCCUUGACAGUUACCCGCACCUUGUUUACUUACGCUGAUAAAAUAGAAUUUAUAGAGGCUCAUGCAUUUCAAGAGUGAGAGUUUCCUCUCUGAUGAUCGGAGUCUGUAAAACGCACAAUUUCACUUCUUUUAGCGGGAGAACGCCCGACUGAAGCUUAAUUUUCAUGAAGUUCUACGAUGGCAGAUGCGAAAAACCAGUUUUAUUCGUCUCUCAUCGUUAACUCCGUGUUAAACGCCGUGUUUUCUUUAACAGCUGUAGCGUUGAACAGUUUAACAAUUUAUGUGUUGAGGAAAUCUUCGUCCUUACCACCGACUUUGAGAACAUUACUGUUGAGUCUUGCUGUUUCUGAUCUUAGUGUUGGUUUGCUGGCACAACCACUUUACGUUGAAAAGCUUGUUACGGCUUUGCUGCAGAACUCCUCAGACGAACCGGCGUCUAGCCUGCGCAAAUGUACAGAUUUUAUAAGAAGAGUGAUUCUGUAUGCUUCAUUCUUCAGUAUUAGUGCCGUGGGUGUAGACAGAUUCUUAGCCGUUCAUCUUCAUCUCAGAUAUCAGGAACUUGUGACUCACAGGCGUGUUGUUGCCGGUGUCGUGCUGAUAUGGGUGUUUAGUGCUUUGCUCUCAAUGCUGAGGAUCGUUUGGGUGGACAUGGGUCUUGUGGUCGGUUUUUUUCUUGGUUUUUGCUUUAUUUCUUUAACUGUGGUUUACUGCAAAAUUUUCUUAGUGGUGCUGCGCCACACAAACCAAAUUCAAGCUUUACAAGUACAACAAGUAUCAAAAGAUGGUGAAUUGGCAGUGAACGAUGCAAAGCAAAGGAAAACCGUCAUAUGCACUUCAUAUGUCUUCAUUCUGUUUUUGUUUUGUUACCUGCCCCAUUUUUGCAGUUUCGUCGCGUUUGUGUUCGUCCGAGGACCAAAUGCCACCUUAAGGUUAUUCUUGAUAAAUACUUCUUCACUGUUGUAUAUUAAUUCAUCCUUAAAUCCUAUUAUCUACUGUUGGAAGAUGAGGCAAGUUCGACGUGGUAUCACUGAGAUUCUGCGAAACAUAUUUCUCAAUUGAAACUGAACUUCAAAUUCAUGUGACGCAUCAAAGUAGCUUUGUCAGAAUCCAUGUCAGUUGUUUAAAAGUAAUCUUUCAUAAUCAAGAGCAAGAAUAUACUGGACAGAUUAAAUAUUUAAUUGAAAGAGUGAUCUGAAAAAAAAAAUUAGAAGGUACUGUAAGUUUAUCAUGAUUGUAACCAUUUUGUUGACUGAUGAUCCACUUUAAUUUUUUUUUCAAGACGCUUGUUUUUCCUCAAUUAAAACUUUUAGCUAAAGCUUUAUUAUUGAAUGCUAAAUACAUCAAAGGUGUCAAAACAGAACAGACCCUAGUUUUCCUUUAUUAAGAUUACCAACUCAAAAUUCGACGAAUUCUACUCAUCUCAUUACCGUUAUGAAAUGUAUGUAAAAAUGCAUAACUUUUUAUCUGUAUAAAAUAUCUUCUCAUCAAGAUGUUUCCUUUUUUUUUGUCUUGCUACUGCUUCUACCCCUUUCCCCCUCCCCUCUCCCCCUAACCCUCUUUCCCCUUCCCCCCCCCCUUCCCCUAACCCUCUUCCCCCUCCCCUAACCCCUUCUUCUUCCCCCUCCCCCCUCCCCUUCCCCCCCCCCAACCCCGUUCCCUCUUCCCCCCUUAAAAAAAACCCGGUAGUUUUGUGUCUUGAUGACAUCUAUAACAGUAACGAGGUAUAUCAACGAUGUAUUGUGUCACGAAGGAUCACAUUAUGUGUCAGGGCGCACUACAGUUCGUAUCCAUCUAUAAGUUCUAACUGACACUGUAUAGUAUUACGGAGGAAAUGAUUUAUAGGCGUGUGUGCGGUUUAAUACCAUUACUUCUCAGAACUGUUCUUCAUGGUUCCUUUUUUUUUUUCGACGAGCUAUUACCGCUCUUCCAGACUAGCAUCACAUUGUUUUUGUUAUAAUUAUUUUUAUUUAAAGUGGGAUGACAUGACGUCCGAAGUGAUUACAUCGUGAGACAAAACGUGUUCAUCAAGGUGGAAAACAGCAGCGUUUUUAAAGAUGUCUUCUUUUUUCAUAGGUGGAAAAAGCAAUCCUGAUUGUGAACAGCGCCAUCGCAAACCAGAUUGACUGGUCUGAAAUCAACAACAUCGUUAAAGAGGCACAGUCACAAGGGGACCCAGUGGCUUGUGCUAUUGGUGCAUUGAAACUGGAAACUAAUCAUAUCAGCAUGCAUCUCAGGUCUGAUAUCUCUAUUAUAGCAUGGUUCUGUAGGCUCCAUAAUCAAGUGCUUAGAUUGCUAGCGACUUAGAAUGCCCGAGUGGGAGUCCUAGGCCUGGUUACUCAUUGACAGCCAACUGAUUCCUCUCUAUGUAGUUUUGAUCUGAAGAUUUGAGUUGCUUCAUGGAAUUGGUUCUGAUUGAUUUGGUAAGCCCCACAGGUCUUUUUGCAAUAAACACAGUUGAGUCAACCUGUCUUCAUCCCAAAAAUUAAUUCUGGCACUGUUUUUGGGUACCUCUGUUCUAUCCACCUCAACAUCUUCUGGGAAUUGUACGUGUAACAUCAUCUUUGUCACGACCUGCGCAUUGCGCAUUUAGCAUUGCGCCAAAAUCCCUUUCUCAGCUAUUGUUUAUGGGAGCAAAAAAAGCUUGUCUCACUGUAGGAACCCUUGUUUUGAAAUGUCAUUAGUUCUAGCACAACUUGCGAAGUAAUAUAAUCAAGGAAGCAGCUUAAAUCUUUGGGGAACGACCAACAAGAACUUUUUCUCUCUUUUAAUUACACGCUUUUUUUCUUUAUUUCACACUUUAUGCAACAACGUCACGUAGGAAUCCGUAUGACUCUUCAGAAUCAGACCCUGGUUCAGAUGAAGAAGAUGAUGAUGAAAGUACAAAAAAUAAAAAGAAGAAAAAAACAAAGGUGUGUCAGUGAUUGUACAGUGGAGUUUCUAUUGUAACCUUUUGACUCCCUCAAGAGCGACUAUCGUCGAAUUUUUUCUUCCAGUAUCACCCCCCUCGAUCAUACAUUAUGCUUAGAAGAAUAAGGGAAAUGAUCAUCAACUUAACAUCAUCAACAAAAAGUCUCCCUGUCAGCACCUCAGGAAUUGUAAAGAGAACAGUAUAAAGAAUAUGAAUGCUGAUGUUAGGGUGUUGAGGUUUACAAGUGAUAAACGACUCAGAAGUGUACAGGCGAACGUUCCCACUUAGAAGAUGAGCAGCCAAGUCAUGGUUGACGCAUCUUGAAAAAUGUAGCCAAGAAUUUCAACCAAAUUUUAUAUCCGUUUUAUUCUUUUCCAUCCGUUGUCGUCUUUGUCUCAUAACGGUUUAUUAUUGCUUCUUUCGUGCUUUUCUUUACUGUUUAUAUAAUUUUUUUCAUAGCCCCCUUUAAGUUGAAGGUUGUUAACUCGUUAUGCUUAGUGUGAAACACUACUCCUAAUACAUUCAUCGUCGCGUAGAUAUGUUCUUUCUUGAUAGGCUUAAAAACUGCAAAAUUAUUCUCUCAGUUCCAUAACUCCCAGCACUCCUUAUUUAUUGAAGUACACUUUCUCCAUCUUAUAGGGUCCUAAAUUUACUAAAAUUGACAUCAACUUGGCUUUGUCUGCAUACGCGAAUGCAAGAAGGUACAAGAAGUUAUUACUGCGAUUAUUUCCUUUUGUUUUUGAAUGUUCUUAACACCGUCCUUUUGAUUAGUACACUUUUAGCACAUGCCUCGUUGCUAAAGGUUACCAGGGAUGGAUUUAGAAAGAUUUUUGUCAUAGAUCUGAUGUAGUUGCUUCCAGUGGGUUGAGGACUAAUGGUGUUUUUUUGAACUUUGUGGGAGGCGGGGGGAGGAGGAAAAAUGAUUUUAUUCCUUAAUGUAUGUCAGUCGCUGCUCAUAGAUAAUGGUGUCUUAGAAACGUUAUUUGUUUUACAGUAAAUGGUUUGAACCCGGAGGUAACAUGUAAUAGUGUAGUUUGAUCGUCCGAGUGAGUGUAGUCCUGAGAAGGACUGUUGUUGGCAAUGGUGACUGACGUUUCGUUUCCGACCAAUCACAACUGACUUACGCCACUUGAGUCUUACAGCCAAUAACAUCACGGCAAAACUGACCAAUCAGUUUAUACAAGCCGGACUAAGUACAUUCGACUGACAACAACCUUUCAAUUGACUCUGAUGAUGUCUUCCGCCUAGGUUGUCGAAACGUCAGUCACCAUUACCGACAACAGUCCUUCUCAGGACUACACUCAUCCGAAAGAUCAAACCACAAUAUUACACGUUAUUUGUUUUAUGCUAUAUAUUACCCCGAGUAAUUGGAACUUCUACUCACUCUUAUCGUUGCAGCUUUUAUGAUAAGAAAAAAUUUUCCUCAAAAAAGGAACAAAAGACAAUUGAUGCUUCGGAGAAGGUUAGUUGGUCUAUGUCUUAAGUUAUUGGUUGCAUAACUUGCAAAUCACUUUAACAAAUUUAAUUGUUUUCAAUCACAGGCGUUAAAAUCAGCGGAGCGAAAAACGAAGGAAACCCUGAAAGAAGUUGAGACUACUACAAGAAUCAAGAAAGCUCGGAAAACAUACUGGUAUAAAUCUCAAAGAUACAACCACCUUUGUAGCAGUUUUUCUUGAUCAUUCUUGUCAAGCAGACAAGGUUUUAGAAGAAUAGAUUUGAUAAUAAAUGAGCGCGAACCUUGAUGUAUACAGAAGAUAAAGAGGCAUUAACAUAAAUAGAUAUUUGCUAGGAAGCCAAUUAGAUAUUUUUUUUCUUUAUCAGGUUUGAGAAGUUUCUUUGGUUUAUCAGUUCUGAGAAUUACUUGGUAAUUGGUGGCCGAGACCAACAGCAGAAUGAACUUGUGGUGAAACGACAUCUAGAACAAGGUGUGUUGUAGCUAACUUUACACCCAAUGUUAACACUGUUUUAUGAAUUAUUCAACCUCCCAAGCUUUUUCUACGAAUGUUGCCAGUCAUGAGUUUGCUCGCGGUCAAAACUGGUCACAUGGUUUUUGAGAGUGCGCCUGGUGACCGCUUACAUGCUUCCCAGCGCUUCUUAGCUUGUUUCUUAUUUUCCCCGGUUGGCAGUGGGUACAUUUUUCAGCUCUUGACUUUGUGUGUUUUGGCGCCAGUUACGUGUUUUUGUGUCAUAUAUCAUUAUCACAUAUAUCUUUUCUCCUCAGGUGACGUGUACGUUCACGCGGAUCUCCAUGGUGCCACAAGUGUUAUAAUAAAGAACCCCACGGGUCAGCCCGUCCCGCCAAAGACCCUUAAUGAAGCCGGUUGCAUGGCGGUGUCCUACAGUGCUGCAUGGGAGGCACGGAUUGUGACCUCAGCCUGGUGGGUACAUCAUUCGCAGGUAUCCAAGACGGCACCCUCAGGAGAGUACCUAACCACGGGAAGCUUCAUGAUAAGGGGCAAGAAGAACUUCUUGCCGCCAUGUUACCUUAUGAUGGGCUUUGGUUUUUUGUUUAAAUUGGAUGAAACGUCCAUCGAAAAUCAUUUGAACGAGAGAAAAGUCAGGGCUGUUGAAGAUACUGAAUUAGUUGAGGUAAGGUCCGAGAGGUUUUCAAAGAUGCUUAGUUUUCCUGUAACCAUGUUUUGUUUUGCUUUUGUCUUGUUUAUUCGCUUUUGAGAGCCUCACACCAUCACACAGACUGUUUACACAAUAUACAUUUUUUUUAACCCAAAUAUAUCGGGUAACAAUCCAAUGAUAUAACAUUUGGAACUUGAUAUAGGAUGCUGAAGGAGACGAAGAGCUGAGCAUUCCAAGCGACGAAGGUGAGGAAGAAAAUCCACCCAAUUCUGCCGUCGAAGGGGUAGCUACUCUGGAAGAAGAUGAUGAGGAAGAUAGCUUGUUUCCUGAUACAAGCAUCGAUAUACAGCUUACGAAGGAGGGAAAGUAAGUUUUGUUUGAAUUUCCUGUAGAAUAAUUUUCAAUGGCAAUGUAUACAUCUUUUGUAUAUCACUAAAUUUAUCGGGUUUCUGUGUUUCUUUAUAGAGUACAGCUUCAGCGUGGAACGAGUAGAAGCAACAGCCGAAGAGAUAGCGAAGAAGGAGAAACUGUUGCCCCUGAGGAAAGCAAACAGGUAUGUUGAAAGUUUGAGAGGUCAUAAGGAGCAAAAUGCAAGAAAGCGUAACUUAUAGUCAGUUGAGUUUUAUUAUGUCAGUUUUGGUGAUUUCUUAUCAAGAAACUGCCAAUCGUAUCAAAAAAGUAAUCAGGAAUUAGAUUGGCUUUCCUUUCCAUAGCUUUAUGAUUGGUCCACUAAGCUUGCCCUCAUUCCUCAACCAAUCAGAUGCAAAACGAAAACCCUCGUUACCUGGCCACUCGCACUUUCUCGCGCUUCAAGCCAAUGGAAUGAACUUACUCUGUUUCUUGAAAGGCCGUUGUUAUUAUUUUUGUCUCUGUUUUAAAGCACUCGAUCGAUCGAAACGUGGCCUAAUGUACCUCAUUACUGCUUCUUUUCAGCUCACAAACAAGCAACGUCUAUCGGCGAAACAGAGGAGGUAAUAAUUAGCCAUUAUCCUGUGCAAGUAAAUCUUGAUUCCUACUAAGUGACAUGCUGCAGUGAGCUCUAACUUCUACUGUGAAUCAAGUGCAGCCUCUUGUCUUCUGAUUUACGCGGCGACCAUCUCAUGAAAUUAAAGUGCAGUCAACUUUUGCUUGAACUGAGUCUGGGUGUAUCCACGUUUCUUUCAAAGGGGAAGAUGCGAUUACAAGCGGAUCAAUAUCAGUAUCUGGGCAACUGCCCACCUACCCCUCCCCUAACCCAACAUUAACCUUGACUGUUGUUGGGUUAGGGGAGGGUUAGGUGGGCAGUUUCCCAGAUACUGAUAUUGAUCCUAUCAAGCUACCCUCAGAAUACAGAGUAGGCUGGAAAGAUUUCGGACAAGAGAAAAAUUAGUUUCUCCCAUUGAGACAUUGAAGUCUUUGUUCUGUGCUCAAUAUUGAUCUUACCCUGGCCUCUUUUUUUAAUUGGGUGACCAAGGUACAUCACAGAUUUUUAAUAACUGUAAUUGAAUUUAUCUCAGAGAGAAUCGGAAGAAGAAGGCCAGGCAAGGUGAAGACGGCCUUUUGCAGGAGAAUGACGAGGAAGAGCAAGAAAUAGAACAAGGAGAAGAAUGUGAGCAGAGGAGCAAGGUACGCAGAGUUAUGUCUGCCUUCUGUUUUUAAUGGUCAUGUUGUACAUUAGUCCUUGUAAAUCUUCUUCAUUAGCUUAUAUGUUUUAUUUAUGCGGAUAGGUGAUUCAGGCAUUUGUUUCUGCGUGACGCCACAUUGUGUAUUGAAAGUAUUUUGGGAAACAGUCCCUGAUAUCUUCUGAUACUUAAAAAUAUUUUCUACAGAAAUCUGAACAAAACCAUCAGCAAAAACAAAAACAACAACAGCAGCAGCAGCCACCUAAGAGAGGACAAAAGGUUUGGUAUACUUUUCUUUAAAACUGCCAGACUGUCAAUGUCGGUGGGUAGAAUCAAACAUUUAGCUGAUUAUUAACGCUACAGAGAACGUUUAAGGUUCAUUUCCUUCGACCGAGCAUAAUAGUAGAUUGUAACGUGGAUGUGUUUGUUUUCAAGUGUUUAGAAUGACUUCAUUCUCAUUUAGCUGGUCAUAUUAAAGUCAUAUUAAAGUACAGACAAAAUGAGGACUGUCAAGUCAUUGAAUGGUAGUCAAUGAACGGUGGUUUGACAUUACACUUUAGACUUGAAGUAAAACUGGAAAAUUACAUGAGUCAACGAUUACAUAGGGUGAAAGUACUGAGUGGCUGCUCACGCCACUCGUCAUGUGACCGGAAGUGGUCAAGGGUCACUAGCUGGAAGUGAUCAUUACAUGGACUACUCUGUACAGCGUAAUAAACAAUCAGCAAGAUGGUUUGAUUUAAAGACCUAGAAGCUAGAGACUGAUUUUCUAGCGUGACCUAAAAUUACUAAAUAAAAGAUAAAUUAUUUGAAGGCUGCACCCUCUUGUUAUCUCAGAGAACGGAAGCAAUGUAAAAACAACUCAAAGGAACUACCCGUGUAGAAAAGACCUUUUUAGAAUGAUUUAGUCAUAUCCUUUUUUCACUUUUCAGACAAAACUUAAGAAAAUCAAAGAGAAGUACGGCGAACAGGAUGAAGAGGAACGGCAAAUGAAAAUGGAGAUUUUAGCGGUAAUGGUUUUUAGCAUGUUAGACAGUAUUGAAUUUUCUCCAGUCUGAGUCGAAGCGAGGCUGACUGGCAAAGUUGCAUCGAAAUGAGGCUUGACUCGCAGAAAUGCCUGUUGCGUUUUGUACGGCCUCAAGUGACUAAAAAUAAUUUGCCUAUUCCCAAGCAUUUGGGAAUAGGCAAAUCAAUUCUUCAAACGUAUGAGCAUAUUUCCCUCAUAAAAAAUGCUGGUUUUUUUCCCUCUUUCAGUCUGCUGGGCCUUCAAAAGAGAGCAAAGCUGAUAAGAGGAAAAAAGACAAGAAAGCGGGCAAAGGAAGUGGCGCCAACAGGCCAGUCAGCGGUAAAUCGGGGAGAAGGGAAACCCAGACAAGCAAAGGCCAAUACCAAAAUCAAAAUAAUCCAUGUGCACCAGAAGGCGGUAAAAGCCGAGAUCAGGACAAUAUCUUCCAGCCUAAACAGAAUAUGGACGAAAACAAAGGCAGCAAAACAAACUGUACAAAUCAAAAUUCAAGCGUCAGUCAGGAGAGAGGCGAUAGAAAGAAAGACGAUAUUGACAGUGAAGAGACGGCGAACGAUUUGGUUAACUCUUCUGAUAAACACACUGAUGAAGCAAGCAAUUUGGAACCGGACAGUGUAGAGGAUAAUUCCUCCAAAGAGGGAAUUUCAAAGGAUGAAGGUACAACAAUAUUUUAUGAUGAUUAUCAUUCACGUAAUCAACCGUAAAAUCUCAAAAGUGAUAAGUGUAAAACAGAUUUUCCAUUUUCAGGUGCGAAUUAUGUCACACCUGAGAAAGAAAAGGACAUUGUAAGUAUACAGCUUGGCUAUGCUAUGUAUUUUUUAAACACCUCACACCUCAUCAAACCUUAUCACAGAGUCAAUGGCUUUGUCAGUCUUAGCGAGAUUAACAUUCAGAGGUCGUAACAAAAUGCCACGCGCACAUGAUAAGUGACAAGACCCUGUUUGGUGAUUAAAAAUGACGCGUUCGUAUGAUGAUCUACAGAUCUUUACUAAAUCCUAGAUAGUAUUUGUUUUCUUUAAUACUAACUGAUUUUUUUUUCCAUUCAGGCUGAAUCAGAUGAUGAAGCAGAAGACGUAACUCCGAAAGUACGCAGUGCAAUAAUUUCUAUUGAAAUUGUCUUUUUCUGAACGAUUCUCACCAUCGAAACUCUUAAUUUGGUUCAUUCUUUCCCUGUUUCAUUAAUAAUCUGCCGUUAUUAAUCGAUGACGAUAGAUUAAAGCAUGACAGUUUCACAGCAGCUUACGGUAAAAGUAAACUCUGAUUUUACUCACUAGCGUGAUUCGUGAUUCACCGUCGCAGAGUAACCGCAAAAGAAUAUUUUGAUCACUGUCAAUGCAACUAUUUUGAGUGAAGCAUGAUUGCGAGAAAUUCGAACUCCGUCGAUUUCCGUCGAUGUCAUGCUUAUGUAGCCUUUUUAAUUUGCUGCGUUUAGCUGAUUUUUUACUUAAUUGUCACCAGUUCGUUAAUUGCAAAUGUAUUUACGUGGUAGAGAAUAUUUAACCAUAUUUCACAAUUUUUUCGUUGGUUUGCAGGAAGCUGUAUCACUGCUUGAUUCUCUGACAGGGUGUCCAAUCUCUGAAGAUUUACUGCUGUUUGCAAUUCCCGUCUGUGCUCCCUACGGUGCCGUACAAAACUACAAGUAAGACAGCAGUUUUCUUCAUGAAACAAAACUUUCGUUGAGUUACCAAGAGGCCUUAAGCUCCAGUUGAUCGUGUGCUGGACCAGCCCUGACUAGAGUCUCUGUCUUUUUGUGUCAAAUGAGGUGUGGAAAAGUUAUAGUUUAUAGGGAAAAAGCUUCCUGAUAUGCUCCUGAAUUAAAUAUGACGGUCGAUGGCCCUUCUCUUGCCGACUCUCCCUGCGAUUCUCUCUUUAUCCAGAGGUACACUGUUCUUGUCAGGAGUUGGAAAGAUAGUGACCUUCCCUAACCCACCAGCUACGAAAAGUGGGAUAAACCCUAGAUGUUUCACACAUUGUUUCGUGAAGUCUCCGGUGGUUGAAAUGCAUAAAGGUUGUUUUCUGUUGCAUUUACCCAAGCAGAUAACUGAUGUGUGUGUUUUUUAUCUUUUGGUCUCUCUUUGCUCGACAGAUUCAAAGUAAAACUUACACCAGGAACAGCUCGUCGAGGAAAAGGUUCGAAAAGCUACACGGAAUUUCUUCAAUAGAUGUUCCGUUGAUGCUCAAUUGUAAAUUUUCUCUGCAUUUUCGUGGCCAACUCGGAUUUGAAUCUACCCGGUCAGGGAAUCCUAUAAAUUAAUUUAUAAUCCAAGUUAAUUACAAAUUUAGGCCACAAAAUUGAGAAUUUGCUCCUUAGAAUGAUACAUUUCACCUUGUCCUAUGCUUUGUAAAAUCCUUAUGUGAAUUUCAGAGUUUUUUUCUUUCCUUAGCUGCCAAGACGGCGUUGAGCUCAUUUCUCUUUUCCAAAGAAGCUUCUCAGCUAGAGAAAGAUUUGAUUAAAAGUCUCAAGGUAAAAAUUUCAAAGCUCGCCAUACUUCAAUAGAUAAAGUAGUCGACGAUGUUACUGAACUUCAAGUCACUGAUAACAUGAAUUGCAUUUAAACACUCAGUCGCUCUUCACAACUUUUAUGGAAACCACUACUGACAGUGCUCAACGAUUGUUUUAAAACUUAGUCAUUUUCCAUUCUAUUUGUAGGACAACGAUCUUUCGCGUUACAUUCCAGGAAAAGUGAAAGUUUCAGCACCAAACCUUCAGAAAAAGAAGAAGAAAUAAUCAAUUACAAUGCAGAUUACACUUUAUCCAAAGAAAUAGUGUUAAUAAACCGC